AAUCAUUCUUAGAAACACUUGUUUUGAAUCUGGAUUUAUCUUUCCAAAACACAUUUACAUUUAUAAUAAAAAUGCAAGUCAUUCCGAGAGGUUAGUCAGGUUAGACGAGAUUCUGCACAUCGAUGAAUAGGUGUACACGUAACACAUCACACAAAGUCAUUGGACCUUUCGACACAGCCGAGGAACAAGGUUCACAACAGGCUUACAGCAGGACUGGAGCCAAACCCCCAGGAGCCUUGCCGAACACGUAGCUUUAAAUGUGAAGUUGAAGAGGCCCACCCCCUCGUCACCAUGGCAACCACUGUGGUAGUGCAGCAGCCCCUGCAGCUCUUGCCUCAGGCCGAGGCCUGGAGCACGGGCCUCUUCCACUGCUUCCGCGACAUGAAAAUCUUUUGUUUGUACUUCUGGUGCUUCUACUGUAUGGCAUGCGAUACAGCCCAGAAGUUUGGGGAAUGCCUGUGUCUCCCCCUGGUGGACCUCCUUGGCACAGCAUUGACAACCAUGAUGUGGAUCCCCAUUUGCGUGGCCCCAAUAGGCCUGUCCAUGAGGGUUUCUGUCCGACAGAAAUAUGGCAUUCCGGGCACCAUCAGUGACGACUGCCCCAUAGCCACGUUCUGCGUGCCCUGUUCCUGGUGCCAGAUCGCCCGCGAGAUCAAGCUACGCAGUCAGGCCUGCACAGUCAUCAGCCACCAGCCUGCGCCCCUAAACUCCUGGGCCCCUGGCGGAGCUGUGCCCCUAAACUCCCCGGCCCCGGCCGUCCUGACUGCCCCGCCCAUGGGUGUGUACGACCCACCCACCUACACAGCUUCCCAAUACAAUCCUCCGAUCCUGAUCGCUAAGUAAGAGGGUAUGGCUACGCCCCCUCCAGAGGUAUAAUGCUGCAUAAUUAAUGCCUAAGGAAUCAUGCUUUAUUAGCAUAUAUACCUGUGCUUGUAUUAUACUGAACUGAGCUUUAGUAGCAUUUAUACCUGUGCUUGUAUUAUACUGAACUGAGCUUUAUUAGCAUAUAUACCUGCGCUUGUAUUAUACUGAACUGAGCUUUAUUAGCAUAUAUACCUGUGCUUGUAUUAUACUGAACUGAGCUUUAGUAGCAUUUAUACCUGUGCUUGUAUUAUACUGAACUGAGCUUUAGUAGCAUUUAUACCUGUGCUUGUAUUAUACUGAACUGAGCUUUAGUAGCAUUUAUACCUGUGCUUGUAUUAUACUGAACUGAGCUUUAGUAGCAUUUAUACCUGUGCUUGUAUUAUACUUAACUGAGCUUUAUUAGCAUAUAUACCUGUGCUUGUAUUAUACUGAACCGAGCUUUAGUAGCAUUUAUACCUGUGCUUGUAUUAUACUGAACCGAGCUUUAGUAGCAUUUAUACCUGUGCUUGUAUUAUACUGAACUGAGCUUUAGUAGCAUUUGUACCUGUGCUUGUAUUAUACUGAACUGAGCUUUAGUAGCAUUUGUACCUGUGCUUGUAUCAGACUGUACUGAGCUUUAGUAGCACUGUAGGGCUUUUGUAAAAGAGGCAAUCUCUUCAUCACUACAGCCUGCAUCAGUGCAUAUAUCCAAGUGCUGGGCUGCUCUGUUCAUAUAUUUUCUACUUUGGGUUUUAUCUCUGAGAUGUGAUUUAGCUGUUUUUACUUCCACAAUCGAAACUGAUGCAUCUUUAGAAAAUUCAUAAAAAUGUAUACGGAUGAUUUGAUUUGUAAUAACGCACUGGAAGAUUCUGUCAGCAACCAGACCCUCCUGUACCGAAGCAGCAGCGAUGGCAUAAAGUACACAGGAACUGAG